GGAGAAAGACGGCCGGUGACUAAGAUGCUUUGGUGUUUCCGAUUUGCUUUGGAUGAAGGUGAGCAAGAAGGGAGGUCGGCUGCUUCAGAGACAAAGAAAGAAAGGAAGACAGGGGAAAUGGGUUUUCUGCUUGGAAGUAGUUAGGGAGAAAGAAGGCCAGUGGGUGAGAGGCUUUUAUGUGUCCGAUCUGCUUUGGAAGAAGGUGGGCAAGAAGGAGGAAGAACAGGGCAUCGUCGGCUGCUUCAGAGAACAAGAAACGAAGAAACACGGGAAACAAAGAGGAGGCGAGAACCUCCAAAUUCUUUACUUCCGCGGAAGUAAAGAAUUGGGAGCUUCCGGCUUUGCAAAGGAAAAGUGAGAAGCUGAGCUUCUAAAAAACUGGAGCAACUUUAGGAAGCUACCCCGUUUGGUGUGGCUUGUGCUUUUAGAGCCAAAAAGCUCUUCCCACAAUCCAGACCAAACAUGCUCUAAAUAAGAUAAUAUCUUUCCA